AUGCCUCUUCCAGCUAGAAUACACAUUCAACCACUUAGGGUGCUCAAGAGGUCAAUAUCAACUCAAUCAAACCUUAUUUCACAACCCUUCAAUGCUGAAAACACAAGGAUAAUUCGUGAAUCAGAGAAGAAGUUCCCCAAACCAAACUUUAUUUCAUUUGAUUUGUUUGGCACCAUCUACAAACCCAAGACUCCGGUUCCUGAACAAUACCACCAAAUAACAAGUCAAGAGUUUGGUAUUUCAAAGAGUGCAGAGUCAAUUCGUCAAGAUUUUGCCAAGGUCUAUGAAGAGUUGCAGGAUGAAUUCCCCAAUUAUGGUAAAAGUAUCCCCGAAUUCCAACACUCAAAUGCUUGGUGGAAAGAGCUCGUCAUUCGUGUUUAUGGAUUGCUGAGAAAGGAUCCUCAAACAAACGAAAUUUGUGAUCGUUUGGUUAACCAUUUCACCAGCGAUGAAGCAUAUGACGUUUAUGACGACGUCAUUCCAACUUUAAUAGGGUUGAAGAAGCACGGGGUGACUAUGGUUGUGUCUAGUAACUCAGAUACGCGAGCAAUCAAAAUCUUGGAAAGUUUAAAGUUGAAGGAUUACUUUACUAGUAUAAAUUUAUCUUAUGAUUAUGAAGUUGGCAAACCCAAGAAGACAUUUUUUGAUGAAAUUGCGGUGAAUGAGUACAGAGUUGAAAUUGAUGAUAGGUAUCGAGGAUCAACUCCUCCAGGUGAUUUCUUAUCUGGAUGUUGGCAUGUUGGCGAUAGCCAUGAAAAGGACUUUGUUGGUGCUAUUAGGGCUGGAUGGAAUGGGAUAUUGUUGGAUAGAGAUGGAACAAGUGAGUUGAGUACAGGAAAGAAAAGACAAAACAAGUCAACUUAUGAUGCCUGUUAUAUGUCUCAAGGACAUGGACAAAAAGAAGAAACUGAUGACCCACUAAUCUUGGCAAAUAAUAGAGUAGUUUUGUCACGCCUUACUCAACUAUUACAAUUAUUCAACUGGUGA